GUGCGUGUGUGUGUGUGUGGGGUGGGGUCUGUCAUGUUUGGUGUGUUUUUGGACAGAUGUGUGAGUUUGCUGUGGUCAAUGGAUAUGUGUAUACAUGUGUUUAUGUGCUGUGGUGGAGUGUACAUAGGUGACAAACGUGGCAUGGUCAGUGCUUGUGUGUGUGCUGUGGUCAGAGGAGUGGACACGUGUCCUUCACAGACCUCUUCUGUGGAGCUGGGCCGUAAAGAUGUGGACACAGACCUCUUUUUGUGCUUCAACUCAAACCUAAAGCUGCAAAUCCACAACUGUAAAUCCUCCUGAGUCCUGAGAGGCCCUACACGCACACACACACGCACAAAGGGCUCUAGCCCCUUUUGACUGAGUGAAUGUGUAUAGUGCUUUCUUUUUACGUUGUUAAACUCAUUGAAUGUUGGAUUAAGUGAAAUAAACAAAGCUUACAUUCAUAAAUAGAGGUGGCCGAUGGUGCAGAUGGACAGUCUCUCUCCAGUCAGUCUGUCUCAGGGCAGCUGUGGCUGGCCAGCAGCAAUACCUACUUUAUACCCCCUAUAAUGCCGAAGAUAAAUGAAUACUUCAUAAGAAGUAGACACUCUUGCACCUGGCAGAAAACAGCUGUCAAAACAAGAACACACUUCAGGACUCUCUAAAUUCUCUGCAUUUCGUCUGGGGGCACGACUUAGCUUAAUAAUAAUAAUAAUAAUAAGCAUUAAUAAUAAUUUUCAUUUGUCUAAAUAAACGGCUCAAUAACAGUCGGUGAGCAGCCCUAACCAAAAACCCUAAAAUUAGGGGGUGCCAUUGAUGUAUCAACUGAAAGUAUAGUAAGAGAAAAUAUGGAUGUGUUAUAAUUUUAGGUAUAAUGAAGCUUUGUCAAAAGUCUGUUUUUUAGACAUGGCAGAUCAGGUGAAUAGAAAGCACUGUGGGUUGCCAUGGUUACAAUAGAAUGUUAAGUCCUGCCCCUGGAUGAAAAUCCAGGCUUUUAGGGAAGCCCUCCUCUCUCUUCCUCCUCUGUCCUCCUUUCUCCUCCUCCUCUCCUCCUCCUCUCAGCUCUAAAACUGAGUGUUACUUCAGAGCUUUCUGACGUCAGAAGCACCAACUUUAAACUUCUUAUGACCACAUGCAAUAAAACAGCCUCUGUAAUAAACCUGGUUUUGUCCUGGUUUAGACCUGAUUUGGAUCUGGUUUAGACUGGGUUUAGUCCUAGAUUAGACCUGGAAUAGUCCAGUUAUAGACCUGAUUUAAGCAACUCUUUUCUUUUGUUGGUACUUGGUUGAAAAGUCACUGUUCUAUGGUUUGGAUCAGACACCUUCAACACUCGUGUUCUGGGAUCACGGCCUCUUUUGAUGUUCCUUAGAUGUUCGAUUAGAUGUUAGAUUAGACCUGGAAUAGACCUAGAAUAGAACUGAUGUUUGUCUCAUAAGAGGCAAGUCCCCAUGAUGUGAGUGUGUGCAGAUUUUAGUCCCCACAUUGUGAGAGAUACCUGUCCACACUUAUAAAAACUGUUCGACCUUUGACCCCACAAUCCCCUGCAGCAUUACAUCACAGCCCCUCCUUCCGUGUGCCUCAUUCACAUUCUGUUCUUUCAUCCAGAUGCCCUCCCUCAUUUCUAAACCCUCUAAUCCUCUGUGCUAUGAUUGGCUACUGCAGUUAAUUAUUCUGAUACUGCUCUGUGAUUGGUUGAUCCCAGGUGAGCAUUAUGAUGUCAUCAGUGACGCAGCAGGGGGUUCUCGGUACAAAACCUUGCAGCUGUUAAGAGCGGCACAGCACAGAACCUUGCAGCUGUUCAGAGGCUCCAGACCGUCUCCACCUCAGGAACAUCUCAGACUCAGACCUCUGGAAUCAUGGCCGUUGUGAGUGGUUCUUACCGGGCGGUGUCGGAGGAGGAGCAGGCUCUCAGGGCCAAGCUGGAGCGACUCACCGUCAAAGACCACGGCCCCGUGUUCGGCCCCUGCGCCAAACUUCCUGAUCACACACAGCAGAAGGCCAAGGACGAGCUGAAUGAGACGGAGGAGAAGCGUGUGUCUGCAGUGAAGGAGCUGAGGGCCAUGAUCAAAGAGAAGGCAGAGUCUGGAGACGAUCUUCACCGCGGUGUGAAGGACACAUUUGGAGAGAAACCAGAUGGCAUGCUGACACGAUUCAUCAGAGCGAGAAAGUACGACGUCAACAGAGCCUACGAACUCAUGAAAGGGUAUGUGCGCUUCCGUAAGGACUACCCUGAGCUGUUUGAGAACCUGACUCCAGAGGCCGUCCGCAGCACCAUCGAAGCCGGAUACCCAGGGAUCCUCCAAAGCCGAGACAAGUACGGUCGUGUGGUCCUGCUAUUCAACAUCGAGAACUGGGACUACGAGGAGAUCACCUUUGACGAGAUCCUUCGUGCGUACUGUGUGAUUCUGGAGAAGCUUCUGGAAAAUGAGGAGACUCAGAUCAACGGCUUCUGCAUCAUCGAGAACUUUAAAGGCUUCACUAUGCAACAAGCGUCUGGCAUCAAGCCCACAGAGCUCAAGAAGAUGGUGGACAUGCUGCAGGAUUCAUUUCCUGCUCGGUUCAAAGCCGUGCACUUCAUCCAUCAGCCCUGGUACUUCACCACCACCUACAACGUGGUCAAGCCCCUGAUGAAGGGCAAACUACUGGAGCGGGUGUUCGUUCACGGGGACGAGUUGGAGAAUUACUACAAAGAGUUUGACGCUGACAUUCUUCCAUCGGAAUUUGACGGAAAAGGUUCAAAAUACGACGGGAAAGCCACUGCCGCCAAGCUGUUCGAUUGAGCCAGGAAAUAAUGUUUAAAUAAAGUCUAGACUGGAGCCACAGCAGCUGCAGUGUCCCUGAGGGUUUGUGUUUAAAAUCCUUAAAGGUGCACUGUGUAACUUUUUGGUUGGGGAUCUGUCACUUGCUUGUUUCUAUGGAUAUGUCAUUGCUCUGCCUGGAAUGUUCCACAGUGUGACUUUAAACAAAUCUUACAUUUAUUCAGUUGUAGGUGGUUUUAUAGCUCACUAAUACCUAGAAAAACUGACAUUCUGACUGUGAGCAGGGUCGCCUCUCCACAGACCUGAUCUGUAACUUGGUCUGGUCUGGUCUCUAUGAAGAUAGAAAGGUUUAAUGCCAUACUUUGAAACAUUCCAGAUAAAGCAAAACGUAUCUAUGGAGAAUAGUAUGAGUUGUGAUGGGUCCUCCACUGGAAAAAGUUACACAAUGCACCUUUAAGUUUGUGUUCAAAAGUAGAUUCGACUCUGGCAGGAUCCAGACUCCAGAGUUUAAAUUAAUGUAAGAUUCAGAUCAUGUGAUGUAAUGAUGGUUUCCAUGUGAACCAGCUGUGCCUGUCAAUAAAGUUAUCUCAAAUAUUUAUUCAUUUGUCUUUUCAUUUGUAACACUUCACAUGUCACAUAAAGGGGCUUCAGAGAGUUUUUUUUUUUUUUUAAGGAUGCACCGAUACCAAUAUUAAUGUAGAAUAUGAUAUAUUCUUGUACCAACAUUUAUUAUUAUUAU